CCGUACAUCCACCGUACAUCCACCGUACAUACAUAUAUACAUACAUACAUGCUCGUACAUAUAAAUCACUGAUCAUUCCUCCCCUCCCCACCCCAGCCAAAUCCACUUUGCAUGGCCAGAGAACCACCAAUCCUCUUGUCAAGACUCAAAAAACGUCCCAAAGCCCUCAGGGAUCGCAGAAUCUCCCACACUGACUUUGUAUUCUUUUUACUUUUAUACCACCGCCUCCCUCCACUUACAAUUAAUCCUUGAUCAUAAUUCAUCCAUUCACGUCUGCAUUCACAAUCACAAAUUCAUCAUCUUGCAUUGCUUCCUGCUCGUUGUUGAAUUCAAAUCAGUCUGGGGUUACUCCGAUCUAAGGCGCACAUUUUACAUCGCGUACUUAUUAGGUAUAUGUACUGCGAUUUUUGGCGGGCAACUCCCAAUCAAUUUUCUUCGAUAACCUUUCUUUCCUUCCGUCCCGUCGCGAACAAGAUCAAAGCUUCUUCUUCACACCGGAUCCUCCUUCCUUCAACGCCCAACGCGCAGCAUCUACAUCAAGAAGGCGUUGAUCGUGUUAAGUGUUUUGCAUUUCCUCCGAAAUCUUCUUAA